CACAACUCAGUCUGCGGACAGAAACCUGUGGGAUUCUACCCUAGCCCUGUUCCUUGGGGGCGCCCCAGAUGGUAUUCAUCGUAAAAACUCCUGCAACGACUGUUCGUUGGUACCUGAGAGGUCGGGGCUCACUCUCUGAGAAAACCCAGAGAACCAUCAGCUCUGAAUGCAUCUGGAGCUCUGCUGUGUGACAACUUCCGGAUCUGUUUCUGAACAGUGGAGGACCUCUCAGUCCGGGGAUUUGUGUGCGGGUCCUGUUCUUACACAGUGUCUCUGACAUGUGUCCAUGUGCAGUGGCAUGUUAGCCCGUGCAUUUCCCUGGAGGCGUUUGGACACUGGACCAGCGAACUGUGAAUGACACACGCACACUGCUUUAGCGCACCGCGUCCACACAAACCCAAACGCACACCUGCCAGGCGGAGCCAUGGAGUGUUCGGCUGGGCGGCCGGAGACUCCUGGUAUCUAUGACAACCGUGUAGAGUUCAUCCUGGAGGAGACUCCUGUCCGCAUCUCCUCCUUGUGCACCAGGAUAGAGCUAGACUGCAUAGAUGGAGUAGCGCCGUAUGACAUAUUGGAUACCCAAGUGAGACCGACAGUGGGGCUGCCGCCAAACUACAGAGCACACAAUGCCUCACUACGACAAAGCUGGGAGAUGAACUACCAGGAAGCAGCCAUCUAUCUUCAGGAAGGAGAGAACAACGAUAAGUUCUUCACACACCCUCGCAACCCCAAGGCACUGGCGGCUUAUCUCUUUGCUCACAACCACAUAUUUUACAUGAUGGAACUGCUAACAGGACUGUUACUGAUGGUGCUGUCACUCUGUGAGGCUCCCGCUGUACCAUCUCUUCGCCUUGAUGUUUAUGUCCAUGCCACUCUAGAGUUACUGGCACUGGUUAUGGUGGCGUUUGAACUUUGCAUGAAGCUGCGCUGGCUUGGUUUCCACACAUUCAUCAGACACAAGAGGACAAUGGUCAAGACAUGUGUGUUGCUGCUCCAGUUUGUGGAGGCCAUAGUGGUUCUUAUUCGGCAGACAUCCCACUUGCGUGUCACCAGGGCCCUCAGACCCAUAUUCCUGGUGGAUUGCCGAUACUGUGGUGCUGUUCGCAGAAACCUGCGUCAGAUCUUCCAGUCCCUGCCUCCUUUCAUAGACAUCCUGCUACUGCUGCUCUUCUUCAUGAUCAUCUUUGCCAUCUUAGGUUUCUGUUUGUUUUCCCCUAAUACUUCUGAUCCGUACUUCAACACUCUGGAGAACAGCAUUGUUAGUCUUUUUGUGCUCCUGACCACCGCAAACUUCCCAGACGUGAUGAUGCCUGCGUACUCCAGGAACCGCUGGUCUUGUGUCUUCUUCAUCGUCUACCUCUCUAUUGAACUGUAUUUCAUCAUGAACCUGCUCCUGGCGGUGGUGUUCGAUACGUUUAACGGUGUUGAGAAGAUGAAGUUUAAAUCUCUGCUUCUGCACAAACGCUCUGCUAUCGACCAUGCCUUUCAAUUGCUGGUCAGCCGACAGAGGCCGAUGGGUGUGUCUCUGAAGCAGUUUGACGGUCUGAUGCGUUUCUAUAGACCUCGUAUGUCAGCCAGAGAUCGCUUCCUUACAUUCAAGACCCUCAAUUCUGCAGACGGACCUAUGCUCAGCUUGGAUGACUUCUAUAGGUUUUAUGAAGUAAUCGGUCUAAAAUGGAAGGCACGGCGGAGUGGGGAACACUGGUUUGAUGAUCUUCCACAAACUCCUUUUCUCAUCUUCAAAGGCAUCAACCUGCUUGUCAAGUCUAAAGCCUUCCAGUACACCAUGUAUGUGGUGGUGGCUGUCAACGGAGUAUGGAUCCUAAUAGAGACCUACAUGUUGAACAGUGGAUUCUCCUGGUCCAGAAUAGUUCCCUGGAGCUACAUCGUCUUUCUCACCAUCUAUGGGGUGGACGUGUUGUUGAAGAUAACAGGCUUGGGACCAUUAGCCUAUUUCAGCUCUGGCUGGAACCUCUUUGACUUCUCUGUGACUGUGUUUGCUUUUCUGGGCUUGAUUGCCUUAGCCUUCAACAUGGAGCCCUUCUACUUUAUUGUGGUGCUCAGAUCGCUGCAGCUUCUCAGGGUUUUCAAGAUAAAACAGAGGUAUCGUAACGUAUUGGACACUAUGUUUGAACUUUUCCCAAGGAUGGCAAGUCUGGGGCUAACAUUGAUUAUCUUCUACUACUCCUUCGCCAUUGUUGGGAUGGAGUUCUUUGCUGAUGUGAUCUACCCUAACUGCUGCAAUACCAGUACAGUUGCAGAUUCAUACAGGCAGAUCAAUGUAACAAUAGGCAAUAGGACGGUGCUGGACGAGGGCUACUACUAUCUCAACAACUUCAACAACAUCCUCAGCAGCUUUGUGACUCUGUUUGAGCUGACUGUGGUAAACAACUGGUACAUCACCAUGGAAGGAGUGACCUCCAUGACCACUCACUGGAGCCGCCUCUACUUCAUGACCUUCUACAUCGUCACCAUGGUUGUGAUGACCAUCAUUGUUGCGUUCAUCCUGGAUGCCUUUGUAUUCCGUAUGAACUACAGCCGUAAGAACAAAGAGCCGCUGUUAGACCCUGAGGAUGAGAAUGGGAUAGUGUUUGAGGCUGAGGUCAGUCGUGACGAGGCAUUGGAUACUCUGGAGCUUUAUAAGCAAACCUGCCCUGGACUCUCCUCCAUCAACUCUCUACAGGGAGUACUGCUGGCCAUGGACCGCAGUGGGAGUUCAUCUCUAGUGUAUCUGGGUCGGAGGUCGCGAACCAAGAGUGACCUCAGUAUGAAGAUGUACGAGGAGGAGAUCCGGGAGUGGUAUGCAGAGUAUUCCAGAGAGAACCUGCCCCAGUCAGACAGAAGCUUAGAGGGAGAACUGGACAUCCCUGAUUCCUGCCCUGAUCCGGAUCCUGAUCCUGAACAUGAACCCUAACUCCUGCUCAACUCAAACGGACCACCACCGACUAACUCUCACUCACUGUUUCUCUAACACAAACACACACACACAUCACACAUUCCUAUAUGCACGCUCAAAUACACACAAAACACACAAACACACAUACACGCGCAACAUCAGCCAUUUAACCUAGCAUAGCUGGUGUUAACAAAAUGCCUGACACUAGAUCUUCAAACUGGUCUUUCCUAAAAAGAGAAAACAACUUCCUAGAGGUAUUCUUCGGCAUUGUUCAAUCAAUCCUGUAAAUGUGGAGGAGUUUAGAUGGAGUUUUGCCUUGUUAAUAUCAGUAUGUGGGACAGGCUUUCUUUCCAUUUCCUCUGAAAUCCAGAAACUUCACUUAUUGUGGACCUCACAGAGGGUGGUCAUCGUGUCACAGAGCACUCUGUGAACUUGAUGGUGAUUGUCUUCCACAAUGAAAAUACAGAAAACCCCUCAAACCUUCAUGUCUCCUGCCCUGUUUCCCAUUCUAAGAGAAUGUACUCCAGAAGCCUGGUGGGACAGCUGGGAAAAUGACGUGCGUGAUGAUGUCAGCGAUCUAAACCCUGGACCUGUUCAAAAACAACAUUGAUUGAAUCAUGUUCUCUGUGUAACUGGAUCUCAAUUUUCAGGUUCAACAGCUAUAUCUGAUUCCAGUUAGCAUUGAUGGAGGGAUUAGGGGUCAAGGUUUUCAAGGGUCAAGAUUAGGACCUCUACCUGUAAGACAGAACUAUUUGGAAUUUUCUACAACUCUUGUUCAGUGCUCUGAACACAGAGAGGACAGGGGAAGGACAUACACCUGUAGGUGAACAUUGUGCUGUAGGUACACUCCAGCCUAUCUUGUAGCCAAUCCCCACUCUGUGUUCAUUUUCUGAGGGGAGGGCUCGUCCGACUGCUCUGGAAUCAGGAUUAUCUGGCCGUGUCUCUCAGCAAAUGCUAAGGCCAUUCUACAGCCAACAUACUCCUGCAUCUGUCAAUUAACCUACAGUUAUAUCUCCUGACCAGUGUCUCAACAAACCUAAGAGAGUACUUUAAUUUUUAUAUCUUGUUAUUAUGUAAGUGUAUAAUAAUGUAUUUGGUGUAUUAAAUGAAGAAUAAUUUAAA